AUGGAUGACAAAGUAUCUCAACAUAUGACACGAGCUGGUACUUAUUUAUUAAUUCAAGAAUUGAAUGCAACAGAUUUGAAUAGUGUUCAAAGACAUUUAAGCAAAAUAGUCGAAGAACUUACUUUAUUAUUAAAUGAUUUACGUGAACGUCAGUGUCUGACUGAUAUACAAGUUCAACAAAUGACUGUUCAUCAACUUCGAACUAUAAUUAAUCACGAUAAUGAUAUUGAACCACGUGGAUUAUCUUUUAUAUCGGAUCAUCCACCUGUAGCAUAUUCAACAUUAAUUCAAGCAUGUCUUAUGCUUGCAGCAUUAAUUCGCUCCAAAGUAUCUGAUUUUCACAAUGAACGUCGUGAUGUUCAAAUAGUAUUUUUAAAUAACGGCUAUUCAAUGAAUUUUAUAAAAGAACAUGCUGAGCAAUUGUUUCAAGAUUUUCAUAUUUCCAAUUGGAAAUCAAAUUUAAAUCAAAAUACCUAUGAUAAAAUGCGUGAAGAAAUUAUCGAGUAUGAUCAACAACAUCAAGAAAUGAAAAUAAAACAACGAUGA